AUGGCUCCCGAUCAAGAUGAUGAUGCAAAUUCAAUAGAUCCCAACAACAACAAUUUAGAAGUAAAAUCUUCCGAAAGUUCAAGCAAUGAGGAAUAUGUGAUUUGCAGCAUAAGAAAUCUCUUCCUUUUUGAGGAGGAUUUCCAAGUCAAUGCCCUCUGUGGGACUGAAAUGGGGGAUCCCCAAGAAUACCAAGAACUGUACUUCGACCUGUGGACCGAACUCCAGGAAAUGGAAGGAGAAGAAACUGGUGAAGAAAGAAAGUUGGGUUGGUUCCUAAAAACACUGGAGAAUAGAAAUCGUCGCGUGAUGAUGACACUAACCACUGCUCAAUUCGAUGCUUUACCAAUAUCUGCUAUGAAGCCUCUCCUUGGAAGCUCUCCUUGGAAGCCCAUAGAAAUUUUGGCCUGAGCAUGUAAGCUGGUGGUUGAGAGAUUCAAAAAUUGUGCGUAUGAGCGUGAUUUCUACGAGUAUGCAUACCGAUUGCGUUGGCCCUUAUUGAAAUAGUCAAAAUGUUCAAUAAAACCGAUUGGUAUACCAAGUCAUGGGUGGAUCAUUUGAGUUGGGACCGUGAUUUGGCCUUGAUUUUCAUGGGCGAGUUUUUAAGUAGAUGGGAGGUUGUUCUGGAGUCACCACCUAGAGGUUUUGGCGUCUUGUUCUCAGAUUGUGCUAAGAACAUUAAUAUUUGAAGGAAAAAUGCUUAUUCACAUUGGUCUAGUCGUAGAAUUGCUAAGUUCCUGGACAUGAUUCAAGACGACCUGAUUUAUGCUCGAGCGUCACUUGACAGUCAGUCAAAUUGAUGUUGCUUAGGUGGUGAGCACCCUGCUGAUGUCCCGCCUACUGUAAUUCUGCCGUCUAUUGACCACCAGAAUAAGGCGAUUUAUAUGACGUGUCGAGGCCUGUUGGAACAAAACAACACGAUUCAUGAUAUUUAUGCAAGAUUGGUCUCCAUAAAGCGAGGCAGUAAUAACCUCCCGAGGGGUUCUUUUCUCUUGCUGGGCCCCACGGGAACUGGUAAGACGGAUAUUGCCAAGUCCAUUGCCGAGCAUUGGUACAGUGAUGCGAGCAAGCUUGUAGAGACUUAUCAGAUUAUGAUGCAGAGGAAACAGCCGAAUGGUAUUUUGCUAUAUAAACACUGAAAAACUUCAUUUCUUUUGGGGCCCUCU